AUGACUCACACCCCAGGCUACGGCGCAUUGAUUGCCUUGGGGAUGCUGAAUGCCCUGAAGCGGGUGAACCACUCCACUAAGGAGAUUGAGGCCGCUGAGGCCUACCUCGAGUCCCUGUCCGAGAGUGGCAGGUUUCUCACCUUCGCCGGCGGCGGGCCGCUGAUCGGUACACGGCUCCGCGAAGCUGAAAGCGAUCGAGCGGCACUGCGCCUGGUCAGUGAAACUCCUGAUGGCAUCGUGGUGUCAGGCAAGAUCCAGAUGCACACCAGCACACCCUUCGCUGAGGAUCUGCUGAUCACCAGCCGGGAUGAGUUGCCGCCGGGCAGCGGGAGGCUUCUGUGGUUCAUCGUGCCGGUGAACUCCCCCGGCCUCCGGGUGGUAUCGCGCCGCGCCGUCGCCAGGCACAGCAAUCCGUUCCUGUCCCCUUUGAGCAGCCGGUUUGACGAACUGGACUCCAUGGUCUGGAUGGAGGAUGUGUUCGUCCCUCGCUCUCGCGUCUUUACCGGGGAAUUGAUGAACCGAAACCAGCGCCAUUCGCUGGUGGCUUGGUUGCUGUGGCAUCACAGCUAUGGCUGGCUCGCCAAGGCGGAACUGACCCUGGGCCUCGGUCUCGCCCUGGCUGAAGUCAUGGGCCUCAAGGACAAUCCUCAGACAAUCGAGCAGCUCGUCGAGCUCACAGUCAACGUUCACGUGGCCGCUGCCGGAAUCAACACCCUCAAAGUCCGCCAGCGAAUGGGCGAAAUCCUGCGUGGCCUCCCCGGCUCGUCCUUGGUCAACGCCCCGGCCGACACCGACUUCGCAGACCCGAAGAUGGCCGCUGAUCUGGAAGACGCCUUCGGCGGUGGCGGCUACACCGCGAUGCAACGAGCGGCGCUCCUGCAACUCGCCUGGGACCAGGUGUCGUCGGGUUUGGACGGACGGGAGGCUGUUUUCGAGCUCCACGCCAGCGGUGGGCUGGAUGCAUGGCGCAGCCAAUUGGCGUCCUGGUUUGGAAGCUACAACGAACUGGCCAAUGGCGUACAGGAGUUUAUGCAGGUAGACAUCCCGCCCCUGGAUCUGAGCAGCUUGCAGGAGGUCAACGAUGCCGCCAGGGCCAUCGAGUUCUAUACGUCGGUAUUCGGGGCGACUGAGAAGUUUCGACUGACGGAUCCUAGCGGACGCAUCGGGCACGCCGUGCUUGAUUUCGGCGGUACGACGCUAAUGCUGGCCGAAGAGUUUCCUGAGUUCGGCAUCUUGGGACCGCUGACUUUGGGCGGCACCACGGUCACGAUGCACCUGCAGGUCGACGAUGCCGACGCUGUGAUCCGUCGCGCGGCCGAGGCGGGCGCCGAGAUCGAGAGCGACCCGGAGGACCAGUUCUACGGCGAGCGGUCGGGCUGGUUGCGCGACCCCUCCGGCCAUCGCUGGAACAUAGGCCAUUUUCUAGCCGAGGUCACGCCGGAGGAGAUGCAGCGGCGUUUCACAGCGAUGAUGACAGGCACGGGCAACUGA